GUGUUUGCUUUCGCGGUCCUCGCCCUCGCCCUCGCGUCUGCCUCCCUGGCCAUGCCUGCGGUCACCAAGCGCCAGAACUCCUGCACGGCGUACGGCGCGGGUGUCACCGACAACCUCACGUACAACUUCACACUCUCGGUCGUCGACCCCAACGCUGCCGAGGGUAGCGCUGGUGUCCCCGUCGAGAUGGCCGUCGGCCCUCUGACCACGAGCAGAGAGGCUAGCACCUGGUGGCUCCAGACCUCCUCGGCGAGCGACGUGAGCGACUUUCCUACGUUCGGCAUGCAAGGCGGCGCGCUUGUCCCCUACCCCGGCUCAGCCGACUCGGACCUCGAGGCGAAGGACAUGCCGGUCAACGCUGGCAGCGUUAUCGAGUUUACCGUCGUGAACACCGUCCCCGGCGAGACACCGUUCUGCACUUCCUCGGAUGUGGGCGACAACGCGUCCCUCGUCGUCAACGGCGGGAACACGACCGACUUCGCGCUCUGCGAGUCGUCGAAGAGCAGCUAUGUCCUCGUCUUCCAGCCCUCGGACAACAACGGCGGCCAGUACGAGUUCGACACGUGCGUGUCGAAGCGCGUGGAACUGGUCAAGGCUUGA